UAUUUAUGCCGAGAGUUUGCUUUAAUCCCUAUUAUAGGAAUUAAAGUAAUCCUUAUUUUGAGUAUUAGUGUUGUUGCCUGGUGGUGGAAGAGGUUACGUGCAGGCAUAGUGACUGGUGUAGUCGAUAGGCUUUAAACCCCCCUAAUAACCAAACCUUGGUGUCCUGAGUGUAGUGAUCAGCAGCUGUGAUAUGUUACUGGUCUAUGUGAAGCAGUAGCAGAGUGAUAACUGGCAAAUUUAAGCUCAUCAGGCAUGGGUGUUCUACAAUGAAUUGUUGCUGUUUACAGAAAUACCAAGAAGUACACAUUUAUGGUUACAAAAAAGUUGCUAUAAAAGGAGAUAUUAAUGUAAACUUAGUCAGUCAUGGAUAGUCGUAAUGGAUCAAAGCAUAUCUCAAGAAUUCGCAUCUUGAGCCUUGGUAACCCUGGAGUGGGCAAGAGCUGCCUGAUAAAAAGAUACUGUGAAAAUCGUUUUGUUAGCAAAUAUAUACCUACCGUUGGUAUUGACUAUGGUUCAACAACUGUCGAUGUUGAUGGCCGUAAAAUCUCUGUGCACUUCUUUGACACUUCUGGUAGCCCAUUAUUUGAAGAGGUUAGAUCAGAAUUUUAUCGAGAUAUGCAGGGGAUCUUGUUAACGUACGAUGUGACUGAUAGAUCAUCAUUUAUUGCUUUGGAUGCCUGGUUAGCUGAGUUAAGACAUAACCUAGGAGUAGCUAAUGAAUGGAAUUUAGCAGUAGUUGUGUGUGGCACAAGGACUGACACUGGUGGGACAGGUGGACGGCAAGUGUCAGAAGCUGAUGGUCGUAGCUGGGCUGAAAAACACAGCUUUUCUCAUGUAUUGACAUCUGCUGCUCUAGGCAAUGGAAUUACACAAGCCUUUCAUACAUUAUUUGUACAAGCACUCCAAAUGAAAGAUGGAGUGCGGCAGCCAGGAGCAGCAGCUGGAGCUGUGGAUCCUGACGUUGUACAGGCUAUUCACCGUCUAAUACAUGCUAUAGAUGAUUUUGAUAAGUUGGGAAUCAAUCGACGCUCAAUUUCAAGGGAUGAAGUCAACAAAGCAUAUCGACGAUUAGCGGCACUAGUUCAUCCCGAUAAGUGCAAGGCACCUGGAGCCGAAGAAGCCUUUAAGGCACUUACACAAGCAAGAAAUAACCUUCUCAAGAUAAUGACAGAAACCACAGUGUAACUACUUAAGAAAUAGGUAUUAUAUAGUGCAAAUAUUGUUGAAAUAAUUUUAUCAUGUAAUGUUUUCAGUAGAAUGUGUCAAGCAAGUACUUGUCGAGUCUUUCGAAAUAUUAAUGUAAGAGUAUACGAGAUAUUCUGGAAAUUGCAGCAGUUAUGUUGCUCAUUAUAUCUAAGGUCUUUUUUUAUUUCUAAAAGUUGAUAUUCUGUUUGUCAUAUGUCAUCUUGUGAUGUAAGAUGG